AGUUCUCAGACUUUUCUAUUUCUCUCUCUCUCCUGUCAUUCAGAUAUACCUCCUGCUGCUGACUCUAGACCUCAUCUCUCUCCUGUCAUUCAGAUCAACAUGAAGAUCUCUAUCUUUGCCGGUGUUCUGCUGCUCUCUCUGUGCCAACUGUGCAGUUGUGUUGCCCCUGCUUACCAUCUUAGGGGGAUUGAUGAUAACAAGUUUGAACGAGAGCAUAUCGUGGCUAACCUAUGCACCCAGGUGAUGAUUGACAGAGGAUUUGAUGUCCUCGACAAAACCACCUGUAAACCGGAGAAAACCUUCAUCAAAGCUCCAGUGGACGAGGUCCGAGCCGUCUGUGGGGGGAAAGGAAGUGGAGUCAGCAAAGAGAACUUUAAACUGGUUGAGUGUAAAGUUGAUCCUGCUCAUAACAAGCCUCCCAACUGUCAGUACACGGUGGAGGAGGUGGAGAAGAAAAUCCUGGUCACCUGUGUCAAAAACCAACCUACUGAGUUUAAAAUACAAGAGUAAUCUGUUACUACAACUGAUGAAUCAGAGUAAUCUGUUACUACCUGAUGAAUCAGAGUAGUCUGUUACUACCUGAUGAGUAACUUGUGUCUCCUGUUGAAUAAAACACGUGACAGUGUAACUCUGGGUCUGUUUUUAAUGUUGUCAAGUUCACUCAUUCAUGAAGUAGAUGUAGGUAAAACUACAGAUCAAUAUAAUAACAAUAACAACAACAACUUUUGUAGUUUUAACUGUAAGAAACCAUCUGAUUCUCUGAAGACAAGAAGUCUGAAAACUGCAGACAUUAAACAUACAAUAUGUAACUUUAUGCCACUAGGGGUCU